AUGUCAGCCACUGGCACCGGGGGCCUUCAGGCCACCUACCACCCAAUCCUUGAGAAAGUGAAGCUCUUGCUGGCAGAGAAAUUGAGGCUGUUGUACUACAUGGAGGGUCCCAAAGUCUUGUUCUGGGCUCCAGCAUGCACUGGACUGGCUGACAUGGCCAGACCUGCACAGAAACUCAGUGCAGCUCAGUCUAUCACGCUGAUGGCUACAGGAUUUAUGUGGCCAGGAUACUCACUGGUAAUUGCUCCAAAAACCUGGAGUCUGUUUGCUGUUAAUUUCUUUGUGGGGGCAGCAGGAGCUUUUCAUUUCUUUUAUAAUUGGAGAUAUAACCAAGAACUAAAAGCUAAAGCCAACAAGUAAGAGUUCCUGACCACCCAAACAAUCUAGAUGUGGACAUAACCACUGGGAGGAACUUGAUUUAUUACUUGGCUAUCAAAAAGGUGAUAGUCACUGUGCUACUGUUUGGAAGGCAUUAAAAAAAAAAAAAA